AUGGCAGAAGCUGCAAGUGAAGAGCAACGACUUAUUUCUAAAGAAUGGACGGUGGAGGUCAAAAACUUUUUGAAAGAGAGUGAGCAAGGUGGUACAGAAGUUAAGCUGAGUAUGCGGGUGCCCAAAGCUCUGAUUAAUGCAAAGCCAGAGGCGUACAUUCCUCAAAUGGUGUCUCUGGGUCCCUACCACCACCGCUCUCUGCAAGAGGAACCCAUGGGGCCAUACCACGAACGCCUCAGCCAUCUUUCCCAGAUGGAUUUCUAUAAGCUCAAUUCUACAAGAGAUGCAGCACAAAACAACCAAAGACUCACGGAAAACUUUCUCAUAAAAGUAACAAACAUGGCGUCCGAAUUUGAGAAGUUCUACGACUGGAAGAUCAGUGACAAAGAAGAGUUCGGGAGGAUGAUGAUGGUGGACGCCUUCUUUCUUUAUCAGUUUCUCCAAAAUGGUCUCCAUGUUCUAAAACGAGAAUCCAGUCAAAGACAAAAAAGGUACAAUGAAAUUUUUACGCCCACUCUUACAAGUAUCAGAUGUGAUAUUUUGAAGCUGGAAAAUCAGAUUCCUCUUUCUCUUCUCAAAGAAAUUGAUAGCACUCUAAACAACAAUAAACUUCAGGAAUGUCUCAACUCUUCAAUUCCUCAUCUCUCUUGCUUUCAAGUAUCUCAUAAUCCAUUAUCUCAUAAUCCGACUCUUGAAUACAAAGAUGAGUACCAUCUAUUAGGCUGCAUGCACAAAUAUGUGUCCUCCUUAUUGCAGAUUCAUGACCCAGCUGAAGAUAAGCCCGGGAAUUUGACCUGCCGUGAGAGUUUCAUGACAGCUAUGGGUGACAUGGUUGCAGCCAUCUUUGCUGUCUUCUUUCCUCACCCAGCCAAACAAGGCCGCGACGAUUUCCUGGACAAAUACAACGCAAAAGAGCUCGUCAAGGCUGGAAUUCAGUUCAAACCUGGAUGGAAUAAGAUCAGAUUUGACAAGCAAUCCGACACUCUUUUUCUUCCCAAGAUUGUAAUUUCAGACACCUACACAGAAGCAAUGAUGAGGAAUUUGCUGGCCCUGGAGUUCAACGACGCCAAUCGGCCCAAACAUGUGAUACAGUACGUGGAACUGAUGGACUGCCUCAUCGACACACCAGAGGACGUUACCCUGCUGCGAAAAUGCGAGGUCAUCGAUCGGCACAGCAUGAUGAUAACAGAUGAGCACAUAGCCAAGAUGUGGGAUGGCAUGGCAAAGCCUCUGUUUUUUGCAGGGUUUCUGGAGCACGCUCAAGGGUUGAAAGCUGGAAUCAGGGAAACACUAAUCAAAAACUUUUAUAAAAGCAAGAUAAGAAAUACAUGGGCGGAGUUUCAUGGGGAGCAUCUGUCAAGACCGUGGAAGGCACUGGCCUUGCUGACUGCAAUUCUUGUCGUUGGCCUCACUGCAAUACAGGCCUAUUGUUCUCUCGCUGAUUGUGCGAAGAAGUCCCAACGAUGA